AUGGCACCGGUUUUGUUCACGAUCCUCCGCUCUUUACGAGCGCAGCGCACUUAUUCCUUUGCUCAGCGCCGAACCCUACGCCUCUGGAACACAGCCAUGGGCGGCAAGUCCUCCAGAUAUACGAGCAGAGACAUCCUGAAAUUCGUGCCCGCGCAAUCCCUUUAUCCCACAGCCGAAAGCACUACCCUGGCGCUUUGGAAACGUCAUGAUAAGAAGGGAACAGAAAAUCUAGGCAUAAUGACUAUUGCUGAGUAUCUGAAGCGCUUCGCACAGUCGGGGUGGAUGCUCAUGCCUAGAGCUGUCCCUUUGCGAGAUCCCGUGGCUGAAAAGACAGGCGAUGCAGUACCAUCACUCGUAGGACAAGAAGCAGCAGAACAAAAGGCAACGUCACCAUGUUACACAUUGAAGCCGAUUCGGAGUCUGCGACUAGACAACAAGGUUGCUAUGAGGAAGAAAGCGAAAGGAUACAAGGCCCCCCAUGAAUGCCACAUCUCAGUACCUACCUCUAUCGGAUACUAUGAGCUUCACAUGCAGAAGAUUUACGCUACCUUGCUCGCCCGCCGAAACGUCGAAGUACAAAUACACCUCAAACGUAAAAAGAAAAAGGGUCGCGACCCCGCGCUUUUCGUCCAGAUGCUCGCAGAGAAUAUACAUUUGCGGCCGGACGUUAUCCUUGCUGCGAUGCCAGAGAAGGCAGGCAUCGUGAUGAAUCCGCAGACCGAGUAUAGCACUUCCGGGUGGGUAAUGGGCCCUCCGACGGAGGGCGGAGAGCCGCCGCAAAACUUUACAGACAACUUUUACCGUACUAAGAAUAAGGUAAUAAGACAGUUUCCUCAGCUCGCUGAGGAAUUGAGACUCCUCGACCAAGGAAGUCCUCCCGGUGAGAGUGCUUCUACUAUUGCAUAA